ACAGAGCUGCACGGGGUCCAUCUCCAGCACGAGAAGCUCUGGGCCGCGCUGGGCAGUGCAAUCAGUGCCACCCUGAGCCCUGCAGGUUGGUGGGCCUGGUGCAAGGCAGUGUGCAAGCAGUGCUCUGAGAGCAGCUCCGCUCGUCCCGUGGGUUCGUUGCCCCUCAUUGCUGGGCUGGUUGAUGGGUGCUCAGAUCCAGUCGCUCUGUUUGUGGAACAAAACGUGUUGUGCAGGCGAGGUGUUGUGAGGAUCUGCUCUCAGUGUGUGUGUAAGUGCUGCUGUCACCGCCCUGCUGGCUCCCGGGGAGAGGAAAAUGAGGGUAAAGCAAUGGGUGCUACAGGGCAGGGAGCUCUGAGGAGCCGCGUGUUGAUGCCAUGAGAUCAGGGAGCUGCGGGUUGGGGCAGUGCGUCCUUUUGAUGUCUGAGGGGUCAGGGUGAGCAUUGCCCUGGGAUGGAGCCGCUAAUGAGCAGGGAGAUGGUGCCCUGUAUUUAGAGAGAGGCAGAGGAGCGCAGCUGGGACUUUCCAUCCACCCACCCAACGCUUGGAAAGGAAGAGGAGCAGCUCCCUUCUGCCCUCCCCACCUGCAUCCUCGCUCCGGCUGCGGUGCUGUUGGCAGAGGCAGCACAGCAUGCGGGACGCGGCCCCGACGCUCAGCCCCGUUCAUCCCCCAGAGCACACAGCACAGGUGAGGCUGCAGCGCGGGUUGCUGACUGCGUGGGCUGCUCCCAGCAUGCCUGACGCCGGGAUGCAGCAGCUCGGCAUCUCCGUGAGCGUUAUCUCCGUGCAGAACUUCUUCCCUACAGCUAACAGAGGUGCUGGGCUGCUGAACUCGAUCAGCACGGCACGGGGUGAACGGGCCUUAUUGCCUGACAAAUGGGAUCUCUGCACAGCCAGGGCCUGGCACUGUUUGUAGAAGGACCCAGGGGAAUUAUCCCAAAAAUGAAGAAAUUCGAAACAAGGAGAACUGGAGUAUGGAAAGGGCUCAGGAGGGACACAGGGAGGCAAUGAGAAGGCAGACGUGUUUCCAUCCCGAGGGACAAAUAGUUCUAACUGGGGGCAGUCCGUUCUGAGCCAUGUUAACCCCUCACCUCCCCCAGCAGAGAGGUCUGUGAGGUUUGGCAGCGCGGGGAACGCAGACAAGGAGAGGUGGGACCCUGUAUCCCAAAGCCCUCGUGGUGCCGCUUGGGUGGUUUUGGAGAGCUGCGUUCUGGCACAGGAGCUGCGAUGCUCCUGCCCACAGAUUUUGGGCUGGGGCCCAAAGCGGGCACAGAUGUGGGUGGCUGUGGUGAGGGCAGAACGGGUCAGACUCGUCUCCCAGCCUGUUGCUUCUUGCAGGGGCCGCGUGAGCGUGGCGGGAUGGGUGCUGGGAGCUGCAGCACCGCUGUUGUGCUGGGGGUUCCUGCAGCAAAGCCCGGCUCCCACUGCGCUGUGCUGCUUCUCGUCCUUGGUUCUGCAGCGGUGCUCAUCAGCAGCAUCACCAAACCACCGGGAGGAGGUCAGGCUCUGCUUUUGUCUGAGAGCAAAACCGUGGGUACAAAUUGCCCUGCAACAGAGCCCUGUCCCGUGCACCUGUCCUUCUGAUGGGAUUCGUUCUGUGCUGGUUUAAAAGGACAGAGGUCAGCUGGGAAGGGCUGGUGGGUGCCAGGUUUUGCUUUUGGCCCUGGGUUGUUUUAGGCUGUAGGAAAUGGGGCAGAGCAGCACAAACCCACGCCAGCAUCAUCACGCUCUGCCAAUUGUGGUGGUGCUGCUUCGGUUGGCUUUGUCCAUAGGGCUCCUGCAGCCUCUCUAGCACCUGAAAUUGCCCGUGUGUCUGUGAGUCGAGUUGUGCCCACAGCCGCAGCAUCUCAGCUGCAGUUUUGGACUUUUACCCCCUAUGAAGGCGCAGUCCCUCUGCUGGGACGCAGCACUGGAACGCUCCCUACUCCGGGGCGAGGUCUCCCAUUCUCCCUCUGGGGCUCAGCUCUUUCCAUCCCCCCCCCAAACUGGUUUUUCGAGUCAUUUUUUUCAUGCAGCUCCAUCUCCGCGGGGAGGAGCCUCCCAGAGCCGCUCCUGGGCUCUGCCUCCUUCCCCUGAGUCCCUCGUCCCAUCCCCGCAGCCUGCAGCACCGCCGCCCCGACAGCUCCAGCAUCGCGGCCGCAGCCUCUCCAGCAUGUUCAAGGCGGUGGGCAAAGGCUCCCCGAGCAAAAAUGCCCCCAGCAGAGCUUCUCCAGCCAAACCCAACAAGUCCUCGAGCAAUGAGCUGGCCGUGCUCAUUGCCCGCAUGCAGACCAAUGCUGACCAGGUGGAGAAGGACAUCCUGGAGACGCAGUCUCUGCUCGCACAGGAUGUCAGCAAUGAGCAGAAGAACAAAGCCUUCGAGUUCCAGGCUGAGAAUGCCAGGAACCUCAAGGAGGCAGAGACGCUGCUGAAGGACCUCUUCUUGGACGUGGACCGUGCCAAGAGGCUGAAACACCCCCAGGCUGACGAGAUAGAGAAAGACAUCCAGCAGCUCCACGAACGUGUGACACAGUUGUGUGCAGAGUACAGGGACCUCUAUGAGAAACUGAACGUCCCCGAUAUCGGGCCCAGGGUGGACUGGACAAAGAUUCUGGACCAAAAGAUGAAACAAGUCAAUGCAGGACAGUACGGCCCCGGCAUGUCAGAGCUGGAGAAGCAAAUAGCUGAGCACAACAUCCUCCAGAAGGAGAUCGAAGCCUAUGGCCUUCAGAUCAAGAACCUGCGCUGCAGGGAUGUGACAGAUCUGAAAAGCCAAUACAAGGAUUUGCUGAAAGCUUCUAUCUGGCGAGGGCAGAGCCUGGGCAGCCUGUACCACCACCUGCAGGGCUGCACCAAGGAGCUGGGCUACCUGACGGAGCAGCAGACCCGCAUCCUGAAGCAGGACUGGAGUGACCAGAUGACAGACGUGCAGAGCAUGCGGCGGGAGUACGAGGACUUCAAGUCCAAAGAACUGCUCAGCCAGGAGGAGUUUGUCAACAACCUCCAGGACGAUGGGGACAGGAUGAUUGAGCUGAAGCAUCCCGCUGUCAAACCCAUCCAGGCUCACCAGGAAGCCCUGAAGAAUGAGUGGCAGAACUUCCUGAAUCUCUGCAUUUGCCAGGAGAGUCAACUGAAAAGUGUGGAGAACUACAAGAAGUUCCAGGAUGAUGCUGAGACUGUGAGCCGCUCCCUGAAGAAGAUGAGCUCUGAUCUGGACACCAAAUACACCAAGUUCAACAAGGACAGCCCUGGCGUGGUGUCGGAUCUGCUGCUCCAUCUGGAGAAUGAUGAGAAGGCAGUGAAGCAGGCAGAGAAAAGCAUUGCUGACCUGAAAAAGAGGAGCAAGGAGAUCAGCCCUCUGAAACUGCGCAGGAUGCGUUCCUCCCAGCCCCUCACCUUGGACACCCUGUGUGACUGGGAUGCAGGAGAGGUGCAGCUGACCAGAGGUGACAAGUACACCCUGAAGGACAACAGCAACCCAGAGAUGUGGGUGGUGCAGAGCAGCACUGGUGUGGUCCAGGAGGCCCCUUCUGCUUGCUUCUCCAUCCCUCCACCAGACCCCGAGGCCACGGACAAAGUCAACAGGCUGGAAGCAGAGCUGAACGCGGUGAAGCAGAAGCGAGCAGCAGCUCAGAGCGUGCUGAGGCGCAGCCAGAAGGAGACGGCGCAGCCCAGCCAGCAGGUGCUGCCCAAGAGCAUUCCUGUAGUCCAGGAUGACCCCCAAGCCGACCAGCUUCUGGGUAGCCUGGAUCGUGUUGGCAAGGACCUGGUGCAGGUAGAGAAGGAGGUCCUGAACCGAGUGAGGUCCCCAGUGAGCUACACUGACCCCACCGAUGACCUGGCCAGGAGGAUCAAACAGCAGCAGGAAACAACAAAGAAACUUGAGAGCCUGGGGGCAGCCAAGGAUGCCUUGCAGAAGGAGUGUGAGACCUAUCUUUCCAAAAAGCCCACCAGCACCUCAGCUUCCCAGCUCCCCGUCACGCUGAACGCCCUCAGGAGCAAAUACAGCGAUGUCAGCAUGCUCUCCAGCCUGUACGAUGAGAAGGCUAAGGCUGCCCUGAACCUGGAGACUCAGAUUGAGAACACAGACAAGAUUGUCAGCACGUUUGAGGCUAAGCUGGCCCAGGAUAGCAUCAUUCCUGCAUCUCCCAAUGCCCUGCAGGACCGAGCCAAUGACCUGCAAAAGAUGAAGCGGGACCUGGUGGCCCAAGAGGACUGCGUGCUGAAGCUCAACCGCGGGCUGAAGGAUGCUGAGCACAGCUGCAGCGCCGUGCAGAACAACUUCCAGGAGUACUGCCCUGACCUGCCCCGGCAGAAGCGUGAGGUGCAGCUCCUCAAUGACCGCUACCACGCUGUUGCAGACCAGCUGGACCAGAGAGAGAAGACCCUCCGAAAUAUCAGCCUCACCUACCAGCAGUUCCAGAACUCCAAUGAGAACCUGAUGUUCUGGAUGAACAACCUACCCAAGAACCAGGUGAAGACGACAGAUGGGCCAAGCCAGAUCAAUUACAAGCUGCAGGCACAGAAGAGACUGCUGGAGGAGAUUGAAAGCAAGGAGCCUGAGAAGAACGCCGUGGUCAGACUGUCCCGGAGUGUGCAGUCCACCCUCAAUGACUAUGAGCUCCAGGCAGGCAAAUACAGCUCUUCUCUGGACCCUGCCCUGACAGACUUUGCUGCCAAAAGGCUGCGGGUGACCCCUCUGCAAGAAAGCAUCCAGGCCCAGGAAAAUGAUGUAUCCAAGCACUACAUGGAGCUGGCGGCAGAAAACAGACAGCAGCUCAGCCGGCUGGAGUUUGCCAAGAAGAUUGUUGAGAAGAAAGAAGUGCAUGAGGACAUUCAAAGCGUGCGUGAGCAGACCCAGCAAUCUGCAAGCAAAGCUGUGUCGAGCGGGGAAUCUGAAGGGCUGAAAUUGCAGCUGGAGGAGGAGAGGAGGAACGUGGCCAGGAUUGAAGAGGACCUGGAGGAGCACAGGAACAAGCUGCUCACGCUGAAGACUCAGAGACCCAUCGAAAGAGUGGAAGAAAAGGAGGUGGUGGAGUAUUACAGAGACCCACAGCUGGAGAGCAACCUGACCAAGAUGAUGCGGCAGAUCGAAGAGGAAGGCAGAAAGAGGCAGAGCCUGCAAGAAGACAUCGAACUGAUGAGCAGGAAGCUUGCCCAGAUGGAGAGUGAGAAGAAGGCUGUUCCUGCCCAGCUUCUCACCAAAGAGAUAACAAAAAUUGAGAAAGAUCCCAGCCUGGAUAGCCAGGCAGCCAGCCUUCGGCAGGAGAUCAGGCGUCUCCAGGAAGAAAGCUUGGCCGCUGCUUCCGAACUGGAGCAGUGUAAGAGAGAGCUGCACGUGCUAGAGAGAAAGCAGCCCAACAUCCGAGAGAAAGUGGUGGUGAAGGAGCUGAUCAAAACAGAGAAAAACCCAGAGAUGCUGAAGUCUGUGAGGAACCUGCAGCUACAGAUUGAUGAGGAGGCCUUCAAAAGGAAGUCUGCAGAGGAAGCGAUUGUGAAGGUGAAGACCAAGAUUGAGGAGGUAGAAAAACUAAUUGAUGCUGCAGAACCCAAAAUUAUUGUGAAGGAGGUGAAGCAGGUAGAGCAGGAUCCGGAGUUAUUGAAAGAGUCUUCCAAGCUUAAAACUCUGAUUGAAGAAGAGAGGAGCAAGAACUUGGCGCUCGCGGGUGAGCUGGGAGAGCUGCAAAGCCAGUGCAGCAUUGCAGAGAAGCAAAAACCAAGGGUGGAAGUUAAAGAGAGAAUCAAUGAGAUUUUCAUGGUGGAUCCCGAAACGGAGAAGGAAAUUGCACACCUGAAAAGAGAGCUGCAGGAAGUUACUCUGAAAAGGACAAAGAUCGACAGCGAGGUGGAAGAGGCCUUGGCAGAGCUCAGUGUCCUCAGGUCACAGAAACCAGAGGUGGAGCUUAAAGAGGUUAUAGAGGAGGUGGUGAAGCAUGAGAAGAGUCCUGAAAUUCUUAGAGAAAUCGACAGGCUGAAACAGCAGCUGAAUGAACUAGUGAACACCAAUGGCAGGACCCAAGAGCAGCUCAUCAGGCUGCAGGGGGAGAGGGAUGAAUGGAAGAGGGAGAGAUCCAAGGUGGAAACGAAGCUGGUCAACAAGGAAGUCAUCCGGUACGAGAACGAUCCGCUGUUGGAAAAGGAAGCUGACCGCCUCCGUCAAGAAGUGCGCAGCAUGGCUCAAAAGAGGAGAGCUGCAGAGGAUGCUAUUUAUGACCUGCAGAAUAAAUACAUGUUCCUGGAGAGGAGAAAGCCAGAGGAAAAGGUCAUCGUCCAAGAGGUGAUUCUGACUCAAAAGGAUCCCAAGCUCCGAGAUGAGCACAACAGGCUGAGCCGGAGUCUGGAUGAGGAGGUGAGCAACAGGCGGCGUCUGGAACGCGACGUGCAGCAGCUUCGUGUGCUGGUGGAAGAGCAAGAGAAGCUCCUCAACUUCCAGGAGGAUCGAAGUAAGAGGCUUGCACUGGAGAAAGAGAUGAGGCAAAUUACCUUGAGAAUAAAGGAGCUGGAGGAGAGCCCGGCCCCAGUGCAAGAGAAGAUCAUUAUGGAAGAAGUGGUGAAAUUGGAGAAGGAUCCGGUCCUUGAGCAGUCUGCCAGCAACCUGCGCCUGGAGCUGGACCGGGAGAAGAUGGAGGUGCUGAACUUGCAGAGAGAGUGCAAGAACCUGCAGAUGCAAGUUGAUGUCCUCCAGAAAGCAAAGUCCCAGGAGAAGACCAUCUACAAGGAGGUGAUUCGGGUGGAAAAGGACAGAGCGCUGGAGAGCGAACGCGCCCGCAUCUGGGAACAGCUGAGCAGGGAGAGAGGGGCCAAGCAGAAGGCAGAAGAGGAGGUACGGAGGCUCAGGGAGAAGAUCGAGAGAGCUGAAGGCAUGAAGAGGACGUGGGCUCGGGAGGAGACAGAGCUGCAGAAAGCCAGGAACCUGGCAAUCCAGGAGAGAGCCAGCCUGGAGAGUGAGCUGCGGGAGCUGGAGAGGCAGAAACAGCAGAAAGUUCUUUUCCUUCGGGAAGAGUCCAAACUGCUCAACCAGAGGACUGAGAGUGACCGGCAGAAGAAGAAGCAGCUGGAACAGGAGUUUUCCAUGCUGGAGGCAGAUAUCCUGAGGGAGAAGGACCAGAUCUACAACAAGGAGAGGUUCAUUCGAGAUCUCCGGUCAAGAGUCAGCAGGGAGGAAAUAAAUCACGAGACCCAGAUGAGAGAGACCAACCUCUCCACCAAGAUCUCUAUACUGGACCCUGAGACGGGGAAGGACAUGUCCCCUUACGAGGCCUAUAAGAGAGGCAUCAUAGACAGAGGCCAGUACAUCCAGCUGCAAGAGCUGGAGUGUGACUGGGAGGAGAUCACCAGCCUGGGCCCAAACGGAGAAGUCUCGGUCCUGCUGGACAAGAAGAGUGGGAAGCAGUACUCCAUCGAUGAUGCACUGCGGCUGAGAAGGAUCACAAAGGAGGAGUACCAGCUGUACCGGGAUGGCAAGAUUCCCAUCUCUGAAUUUGCCUUGCUGGUGGCUGGGGAAUCUAAGCCUCCCUCAUCCCUUUCUAUUGGUUCCAUCAUCUCCAAAUCCCCAAUCCAAUCCCCCACUACGCCGCAAACCCAAAGCUUUUUCCCCCCAGGCUCACAGAAGGGCUUCAGUGAUGACACGUCCCCCAUCGCCGGGGUGUACGAUACCACCACUGACACCAAGUACAACAUCAAGACUGCUGUUACAAAGAAGCUGCUUGAUCCCAUGACUGCUCAGAAGCUCCUGGAAGCCCAGGCUGCCACGGGAGGCAUCAUAGACCUCCUUUCUCGGGACCGGUUGUCGGUCCAUAAGGCAAUUGAGCGGGGGCUGAUCGACAGGACCUACAUGCAGAGACUGCUCAACGCCCAGAAAGCUUUCACGGGGAUUGAGGAUCCAGUGACCAAGAGAAGGCUGUCUGUGGGGGAAGCAGUUCAGAAGGGAUGGAUGACCAAGGACAGUGCCUUCCCCUAUUUGGAGGUCCAGCAUCUAACUGGAGGGCUCAUUGACCCCAAGAAAACCGGUCGCAUCCCCGUGCUGGAAGCUGCCCAUAUGGGCAUGAUAACGGGUGACCUGGCCAACAGGCUCCAGGAUGAGUCCAGCUAUGAGAAAGACCUCGUCGACCCCAUCACUAAGGAGAAGAUAAAUUACAAGGAGGCCAUGGCUCUCUGCCAGAAGGAUUCUCUGGGCAGCCUGCUGCUCCUCCCAGCCGCAUCAGAGGGCUACCAGCCCUACCGCUCCCCCAAGCUCUCGCGGUUCAGGCACUGAACGGAUCGGUCCUUUCAGGAGUUCAUCCCUUCAAAGCAUCUCUCCCUGCGGAAGCAGCAGCGAUCACGGGAAUGGAGCAUCUAGCAUUUAGAGCUGCAUACUCUUCUAUCUUAGCUAUCCCUGCUUCCCAACACAGCUUGGUCGUGUGAGGAAGAAAGCGUGAUCGAACACGUGCAAGGAGCUGGGCACGCAGGUCCCACUGUCCCCCAGGGUUGCUGUGACAGCAGAAGGGGUUUGCUUGCAAGAACUCUGAUGGCAGUAGAUUAAACAUGGCUGUAGACAGAAAGGGGGAGAGGCAGAGUGUUUUCAAGUUGGGUCAUUCUUCUGCAUGCAAUAAACGUAGAAAGUG